AUGGGGUACGAGAAAGAAGAUUCCAGCCGGUCUGAGAGCCCCCAUGAGGAGUCCGGAGUGAGCCAUGGCAGCGAGCCGCUCGAGGUCCGGCCUCUCCGCUCCUGGAAAGGGUACCUCUGGGACACCUGGGAGCUUCCCCGGGACCAACGGUGGCUGUUGUUCAAGGUCGAUGCCUUUGUCCUUACGUUCGCGUCGAUCGGCUACUUUUUGAAGAAUCUGGAUUUGAACAACAUCAAUAAUGCCUAUCUCAGUGGCAUGGAGGAGGAUAUGAAGAUGUACGGCAACCAGCUGGUGACCAGCACCUCGAUCUAUACCGUGGGAUACGUCAUCGGACAGAUCCCUUCUAAUUUGCUGCUGACUCGUGUCUCGCCCCGUUGGGUCAUCCCUACUCUGGAGGUGGGCUGGGGAAUUGCCACGAUAUGCACAUCGACGGUCAAAUCCUACCACGCGCUGUAUGGUAUUCGAUUCCUGGUCGGACUGUUCGAAUCGGGCUUCUACCCCGGCAUCCACUACCUCCUUGGAUCUUGGUACACCCCGCAGGAGAUCGGCAAACGCGCGAUGAUCUUCUGGCUGGCGGGUUCCAUGGGGACAUUGUUCAGUGGUUUUCUCCAGGCCGCCGCUUACACCAACCUCAACGGCGUGAACGGACUGGCCGGCUGGCGAUGGCUGUUCAUCAUCGACGGAAUCAUCACCCUGCCGCUCGCGCUGGCGGGAUACAUCUUCUUCCCGAAUCUGCCGCAAGACGGCCGGAAGACGUGGUGGAUCACGCAAGAGGAGCACUUCCUCUCCGUCAAGCGCAUGGAUGCCGUCCACCGCGCGGGCAAGUCGCCCUGGACCAAGGCCAAGGUCAAGCGGAUGUUCCUCAGCUGGCACAUCUACCUUCUGCCUCUGCUCUACAUCGUGUGGAACAACGGAUACCCUCAGGCGGGAAUGGGCUACUGGCUGAAAAGCUUCAACGCGGACCCCGCGCCUGUCCCAGGAACAAGCUACACUGUUCCGCAAAUCAACGACUAUCCGCUGCUCACGACCGGUUUGUUCAUCAUCGUGUCGCUGACUUGGGGCUGGCUGUCCGACGGACCGCUCCGAGGGGCUCGCUGGCCGUUCAUCUACGCUGGCGCGGUGAUUACGAUCGUCUUCUGCGCGCUUCUGCGACAGAUGCCGCUCUAUACGAAUAUCACAGGCCGGAUGGCCGUGUACUGGCUCAGUAACAUCGGGCUGGGCGCUGGUCCUCUGAUUCUCAGCUGGGCCAACGAGAUCUGCACAGCCGAUACCGAAGAGAGAGCGUUGGUGAUUGUGCUCGCGAACGACCUCGCGUAUGUGGUGCAGGCUGUCGCACCGAACUUUGUGUGGAAGACCACCGACUUCCCCGCCGCGAAGAAAGGGUAUCUGUGGUGCAUUAUUCUGCAGGUCUUGAGCAGUGAGUGA